ACCUGCCCUGUAUCGCCUGCAGUAUGUAAAAUGAAAAGAAGCGUUUGGUUAUACGAAGCAGAGAGUGUUGCCAGCUUAUGUGAAUCACCCUUUAAAGCAAAUGAACUAACGUGCUGUAGAAUCUGUACAUGUAAAGAACUCUAGCGGUUACCUUGUCAGCAUCACAAUCGACAUGACCUAGUUUGACCUUCCCCUUCAACUUGUUUACAGCCUUUUUCCACUCAGGAGCUAGCUUUUUGCAAUGUCCACACCUUCGGGAACAAAACAAAAACGAUGCUUUUCUGCAUUUCUUCAGCCAAUAGUGUGGACGGUUAUACAAACGGUGUUUGUGCCAUAUGCGAAUGACCAUCUAGAAAAAGGCUUCCCUUUGCCCAUAAUCCACGGAUUCAUACUUGAGAAGGCUGAAAUCAUCUGCUCAAGCUCCGAAAUCACGGUUUGCAGCGAUGUUGCCUACUUGGAUUCGUCCCAACAGCCUCCUCGGUCACAUUUGAGUCUACCAAUUUCUACGCCUUGGAUAGCCACGUUGUUGUAGUUUUUACAAUUGGCGGUUGUAAGUGUCAGUACUGUGGUCUGGUGUUCGGACUUCGGACCAGAGACUCGGCUACCAAGACAAAAAACUAAGCAUUGUAUAUUACUUUUGUAUUUUUUUUUUUUUGAAAAAUAUAACUUUUGUAUCUUGAUGUUGAACAAACUGUGUAUGCUUCUCUAUAUGAAAUAAAGUGGUCCAUGUAAAUUAGAUACGGUAACACAAUGGUCGGCCAAUUAAUCAGUCAAGCAACUAGGCAGCAACAAGUAUAACAUAUUUCAUAUUCUACAUGCUUCAAAGUUGUGACAUAAGAUGAGAAGGUCACAAUAAAAUAAAACAAAACAAAAUUACAAGGGUUUGUUAUUUUGUUCAUAAACUCAUAAUCUAUCUAGGAGAGGCACGAUGGAGAAAGAAUUUCCAGGGGAGGAAGAAUUUGCAGAGAUGAGUUUUUAUCAGCUGGAGGAUGUCUUGUUCGGAUUGAUGAUGGGGCCCGAUGGUUACUGUGUCCAGGCGCUAAGCCGCUGUGAGUAUAAAGGGACUAAAUCCCUUACCAUGGACGAAGAGUAUCGCCUCAUGAAGAAACAAGUCGAGGAGACUGAGGGCUUCGACAUGGAUUUCAGUCAGUUUCGCUACGCUUUUAACUACAAACCCGUUGAUUUCGAUGAUAACAAGUUGCCCAUACUGGACGAUGGAGAAACCAUUAGAGAGUUAUUGGACAGGCUCUCUCGUAAAUCCCUUGAGCUAUACAAUAUUAAGGAGACGAAAACAUCAUCAUAUGGGUUGUUUGUGGAGGUUAGCAAAGCCAACUAUCACAUGGCUGGUGCUGGCGUCAUGUUUUUCAUUACCUUCCUUGCUAAACAAGAUUCUUCUGAUAAUGAGCCAAAAACAUUCCAAGCUAAGGUCCACUUUUCCUGCGUUGACCACAACAAGUACCUCACCUGCGAUCUCAAACCACCACCAAAAAAUGUUCACUCCAAUGAUACUGCCGACAAAGAAGAUGCCAAGAAACCAAGGUUGACUCAGGAGAAGGAUGCAAGCAAGCACUGAUACACGAGUCUUGUUAUAUAUAACGAUGACUUGCAACAAUUUUUAGACUAGAAAAGUUUUAUUAAUUUAUAGUAUUUGUUAAUUUUUCG